GGCAAUUUCGUUUAUUGUCAUGCAAAAAUUGUAUAUUUACAACGGAUCUUGGCGUUGCAGAUAGUAUAUGCGCGAACGCGAUCCCUGCAUUAUCAUCAUUUGUCUUGUGAUCCGGAAUAUACGGAGAUAUUGGUUUUGAAUUCUAUCUCAAUUUCUUAAUUCAAGGUUGCUUUUACGAUGUCUAAAAAGCAUUUGCUGAGUACGACUAUUGACGCACAAAAAAUCGACAAUGUCGGUUCACAAAGUCCCUCGGCCAAUAAAGAGACUGCCAUCAUUUAAGUGUCAAUUAAAUACGAUAAAUUCAAACCAAUGUGAAAGCCAGUUUUGGAGCACGCAUUGCCAUGCCUAUAAAUUGCCUAGGAAGUUGGUGUCAGCUGGAUGUUAUGCGCAGAAUAUGGAAUAGGUUCAAUGCCCGAAAGGGCAAGAUUGGUUGAUCAAAGGUCCUUGAACAGAGAUUUGGAGCAAAUAAAGCAAUGUUUUUGAAAGCACGCCUUCUCGGAGUAUCGGUUUGAGCUCUGAUUUGUUCCUUGGGUCGUAUCGCGCUUACGUGCGGAGAUCUAUCCUUAUAUUUGCCAGUCG